CGCCGCCGCCGCCGAAGCGGAGACCGGAGCCGCGAGCGCCACCAGGGCAGCAGCCGCCGCAGCCGCCGCCGCUGGGCUGAGGAGCCGGAGACGCAGGCUGACGAGGUGGCGGCGGCGGCGGAGCGGGAGCAGGGACCGGGCGCGGGCAGAGCGCGGCGGUGCGGUGUACUCUAGAGAACAAGCCUUCGGAUAUCUUUGCCAUAUUGACUCUGAGCCAUCAGGGGACUCAGGCUUAUGAGGAGGUACUGUCACACAAAGCAGUGUCUAGUGAAGACGACAAGAAAGAGGGGAAAGGAUCGGAAGAAGAAGCUAAAAUACUAUAGAAAACCAUGAGAUCUAUCAGAUCUUUUGCCAAUGAUGAUCGCCAUGUUAUGGUGAAACAUUCGACAAUUUAUCCAUCUCCGGAGGAACUUGAAGCUGUUCAGAAUAUGGUAUCUACUGUUGAGUGUGCUCUUAAACAUGUGUCAGAUUGGCUGGAUGAAACAAGUAAAGGCACAAAAGCAGAGGGUGAGACCGAAGUAAAGAAGGAAGAGGCCGUAGACACCUAUUCCAAGGAUCAAGGUGGUCGGACAUUGUGUGGUGUAAUGAGGAUUGGCCUGGUUGCAAAAGGCUUGCUGAUUAAAGAUGAUAUGGACUUGGAGCUGGUUUUAAUGUGCAAAGACAAACCCACAGAGACCCUGUUAAAUACAGUCAAAGAUAAUCUUCCUGUUCAGAUUCAGAAACUCACAGAAGAGAAAUAUCAAGUGGAACAAUGUGUAGAUGAGGCAUCUAUUAUAAUUCGGAAUACAAAAGAACCCACGCUAACUUUGAAGGUGAUACUUACUUCCCCUCUAAUUAGAGACGAAUUGGAGAAGAAGGACGGAGAAAAAGUUGCGAUGAAAGAUCCUCCGGACUUACUGGACAGGCAGAAAUGCCUGAACGCCUUGGCGUCUCUUCGACAUGCCAAAUGGUUUCAGGCAAGGGCAAAUGGAUUAAAGUCGUGUGUAAUUGUCCUCCGCAUUCUCCGUGAUUUGUGCAACAGAGUCCCCACAUGGGCACCAUUAAAAGGAUGGCCACUAGAGCUUAUAUGUGAAAAGUCUAUAGGUACUUGUAAUAGACCUUUGGGCGCUGGGGAGGCCUUGAGACGAGUAAUGGAGUGUUUGGCAUCUGGAAUUCUACUUCCUGGGGGUCCUGGUCUUCAUGAUCCUUGUGAGCGAGAUCCAACAGAUGCUCUGAGCUAUAUGACCAUCCAGCAAAAAGAAGAUAUUACCCACAGUGCACAGCAUGCACUCAGACUAUCAGCCUUUGGUCAGAUUUAUAAAGUGCUGGAGAUGGACCCCCUUCCAUCUAGUAAGCCUUUUCAGAAAUAUUCCUGGUCAGUUACUGAUAAAGAAGGUGCUGGGUCUUCAGCUCUGAAGAGGCCAUUUGAAGAUGGAUUAGGGGAUGAUAAAGAUCCCAAUAAGAAGAUGAAACGAAACUUAAGGAAAAUUCUGGAUAGUAAAGCAAUAGACCUUAUGAAUGCACUAAUGAGGCUGAAUCAGAUCAGGCCUGGGCUUCAGUAUAAGCUGUUAUCUCAGUCUGGCCCUGUCCAUGCCCCAGUCUUCACAAUGUCUGUAGAUGUGGAUGGUACAACAUAUGAAGCCUCAGGACCAUCCAAGAAAACAGCAAAGCUUCACGUAGCAGUGAAGGUACUGCAGGCAAUGGGAUACCCAACGGGCUUUGAUGCAGAUAUUGAAUGUAUGAGUUCCGAUGAAAAGUCAGAUAACGAAGGCAAAAAUGAAACAGUGUCUUCAAACUCAAGCAAUAAUACUGGAAAUUCUACAACUGAAACCUCCAGUACCUUAGAGGUAAGAACUCAGGGCCCUAUCCUCACAGCAAGUGGCAAAAAUCCUGUAAUGGAGCUCAAUGAAAAAAGAAGAGGUCUCAAGUACGAACUCAUCUCGGAGACUGGUGGAAGCCAUGACAAACGCUUUGUGAUGGAGGUAGAAGUGGAUGGACAAAAAUUCAGAGGUGCAGGUCCCAAUAAGAAAGUGGCAAAGGCAAGUGCAGCCUUAGCUGCCCUGGAGAAGCUGUUUUCUGGACCCAAUGCAGCAAAUAAUAAGAAAAAGAAGAUUAUCCCUCAGGCAAAGGGUGUUGUGAAUACAGCUGUGUCCGCAGCAGUCCAAGCUGUUCGGGGCAGAGGAAGAGGAACUCUAACAAGGGGGGCUUUUGUUGGGGCCACAGCUGCUCCCGGCUACAUAGCUCCAGGCUAUGGAACACCCUAUGGUUACGGCACAGCUGCCCCUGCCUAUGGUUAAUACUUUUAAGCAGUUUUCAGCACGUUUAUCUCACUUUAUUCUCGUUCUCCUCGGACCUUCGUAGCCAUAUCACUUGUAUAAAAUAGGCUGAGAUAUAGUGACUGUAAGCUGUGGUCUCAGUAUACAAAGGUAAGCUCUUUUAUUUUCUGAUUAAAGAGAAAAUUAAAAAUCAAUGAACACAACAUGCAUAUAUGACAAUCAUAUAUGAUGUAUUUGAUCUCUUGGGUCUUCUGUCAUCACAUUACUUUAAAAUUUUUUAUGAUCUAAAUGUAAAAUAGUUAUUUUCAGCAUUUUGUUUUUUAAUAAUACCCUUGUAAUUUGUAUUCAAGAGACAUUUCACUAAGUGUGUGUAUGUGUAUAGAAAUUAUGAUAUAACAUAUAUGCGAAUUACACACACUUAUCUGUUUAAAUAAAAGAAUUUGGUGGUGGGAUGUGUUCACCUAAGAAGAUUUUAACGUCAGGGCACUCUUUCAGCCAAAGUGCUAGAAUUUCAUAAGCAGCGAGAUUGGGAGCAGUGCCGGCAGGACCCAUUUAUGUGUAGCUGCAACAGAAGCUGAGGCUCAAAGUGCCAAUUUCUCGGAGAGUUCUCUGAGAAAGGAAUAUCUCUGAUCUGUGUUGUAUGCCCUAAUACAACAGCAGCAAGAAGCCAUAAAAAAAAGCAAUAGAAAAUGAAAAAACCAAAAUAUUAAGGUAACUAUGGAAAAAUAUGUAAUUGACUGAGUUAAACUAUUUCCAGAACCAAGUAUGUUAAGACUCAGAGUGGUGAAUACCUGGUGUGCAGAGACCAAAUAGAUGUAAGGAAUUCCAUCUUUUCCAGGUUAGAUAGAUGAUUUAUUUCCUACCUAUUCACCAUCAUGGGGUUCAUUUAAAAAAUAUGGUUAGGCCAAAUAUUUUGAAAAGGAUUUGCUUCAUUUAGUGUAUUCCAUAAAUGGAUUUCAUUUGUAUUAGAUGUUCUGUGCUAAGGUUGUAUUUGAUAUAUACAUAUAUAUAUAUAUAUAUAUAGAUUAAAAUGAAGCUUAUGUUUUAUAUUUGUCUCUAAGUAGCAGUUUUCUUUUUCCUACUAACUUUGAAGGUUGCUGGGACAACUUUUUUCCCAUACAGAAUCUGUAUGUAUGUUGAAUGUGGCUUUGGCAUCUGUAAAAGGUUGUAUGAGGCCUAGGUGACUAGUACCAAGAACAUUCCAGUCCUGAACAAGCACCCGAGAGCCCUGUACGUGCCAGGUUCUUCUCUGGAUUCUGGUGACACAGGCUCCACCCACUGGGGACCUUUUAGGUCGGAGGGUGUCUUUCUGGUGGAGUUGGGCCUACUGUAAAUCUCCCAGCUUGGGAGACAACACAUUAGCAGUGUCAGGAGAAAAUUAACUUAGUUAAUAGUUUAUUUAUAAAUUAUUUGAUAAUAUGGGCCCUCUGAUAGCAUUGAAAUGGACAUCAUUUGGAAACUGAUUCAUUUAAAAUAUUUCCCUGACAGUUUUGAGAGCCUGAAACCUACUCUGGUUUAUGUUCAUGCACCUCUAUCCACAUAAAUGAGUGAAAUGAAUAACAAAUAGCCCAGUCCUUUUAAAGCAGUUUUUAUAGUGUAGCAAAGAAUAAUAGUGGUUAAUUUAAGCACUAAUCAUUUUUCAGUGACAAGUGAGGGGAAUUUUACUCUUAUAAUAAAUCAGUCAUUCAUUAUUAUUUCCCUGUCUUGGGUUUCAUUAAUAACUGCAGUGGGAGGUAAAUCUUUAGUAGUGAGAGAGAGGAGUGAACUAAGGAGAUUUGCUCCCCUCUCCCCAAAGUUAGAUUUCUAGCAACCUAGAGUCCUCAUCUGAGAACCAGCCGCCUGCUCUGUGAACGGCCUCCUGAAGUGACUCCUGUUCAGCGUAUGCCCUGCCUGCCUGGUGGUGGUGCUGGGGUGGGGGUGGUCCCUCUGAGGUUGCCCAGAAUAAGAAAGCUUCUGUUGUAUUCAGACUUUUCUCUGUAACCAUCUGAGGCCAUGCCAUUCAGUGACCAGAGACUUCUCAGUGUCACUAGGAGGCCGAGAAGGGAGAUGGGUGGUAAAUGAGUAACCACCUGCAGAGCCAAGAAACUACCUACCACUGUGGUGAGUUCAGUUUUGAUGUGUUCCUCUCUAGCAGCUAUUUACAGAGCUAGUACUUCUUAUGUAAGUUCCUUCCUUUCCUAAUAGCAUCUUCCAGAAAGUCUGUUUUAGUCAAGGAUUGAAGUUGACUUAGUUAUAAGAAUAGAUAUCCUUUUCCACAUUAUCAUUUUAGGUAAGAGCUAACAGCUUCCAUUGAUGCUUGAAGCAGUGAUCUUUGGAGAUUUUUAAAAAUAGCACUGUAAUGCAAAUUAGGUUAUGUAAGCUUUACAGCACAGCUAGAAAUAGGGAAUAGAAACCAUGUGGGACUCUCGGCCAGAGUAUAUUCCUCUCCCUCCAGCGAAUUCCUGUAGGGUCUGGGAAUUAAAUGAGUAAUACACAGAGUUCUUUGAAUGGUACCUGGUACAUAGGAAGUGCUCAGUAAAUGUUGACUGCUUUUACCGUGGUUGGCCAGGCUGUGCUGACAGGGAGUGGAGAAGCAGGUGCGUGGUCCGCUCGGAUGGAACUGUGUGGGUUGCUUCGUGUACGCAGGUUUGGGGUGCUCCCUGGCUUUGGGAAAGGACUCCUAGCAUCUUAGGGUCAAGACAGACCCAGAGCAAACACUUGGUGAGACGUGGUAUGUGAGGUGGCUGCAGGUCCACGCUGGAUAAAGAUGCUUGUGUUUUUGUGUGGUAGUCAGUCACUGGACAGUCUGCUGCCAGGAGUUUGUAAUACUUGCUUUGGGAUUUAGGUGAGCUUGCAACUUCAAAGGGGCUGAGCUUACAAUGUCAGCCAGCUGAUUCCAAGUUCCCUGUCUUAGCAUUAGUAAGAAAAAACUGUGUGACUACAGUUAGCCCCAGAAUCUGACAUUCAGAGCUCACCAUUUAUUUGGCAGGUAGAAACUAAGUUAUCAUAAAGCACAGAAAAGAAAAAGGAGACUGGGAGACAGGCUUAGAAGGCUGUCGACGCAGACGCUUCUCUAAACAGCCUUCUGCGCUUCUCUCUCUACAGUUUCCUGCAGUAUUUUGGGGGUUAAAAAAUCCUGUGCUUAUCACCACAUAAGGCCUCCCUUCUGCCUGUUACACAUCUGUCUCUCUGUCCAUCUACCCAUUUAUCUAUCUGGACACAGCUGGGAAGUUGCUUUUCAGCAAAAAAAAAAAAAAAUGAUAUAUAUAUAUAUA